AGGCGGUACAUAGAGGGGACGUGAAACAAGUAACGUACUUUCCCAUUUAUGCUUGCAAGCGCUGGCUGUAACAUUUUAUAUUCGUUGAUUGUUUGUGACCCAGUGGCUCUUACAACUUUGGAGUCAACCAAAGCAAGAAUACACUGUCAUUUUUAUCCCCUUGGAGGUUGCCAUGCCCACUGAAGGCGAACCUAUGGAUUUGGUGAAGGUGCUGCACUUGCUGGUGAUGUCCUUCGCCUGGGGUACACAGGUGUGGGUGUCCUUCAUAGGAGGGUUUGUCCUGGUGUUCCAGGUGACGAGGCACACUUUUGGCUUGGUGCAGGGCAAGCUGUUCCCAGUGUACUUCCACUGUCUCCUGGCCAGUAAUUUCGUCAGUCUGGCUGUGUUUGCUGUGUACCACCCCCGUGAGCUGCUGGACUGGCACGAGUCUGUGCAGAUGUGCCUGUACUUCGCGGCGGUGGUUCUGGCCGGACUGAACGCGCAGUGGUUUGGGCCUACCGUGUCUGAAGCCGUGGCCAGCAUGCACGGGGUGGAGCGGGAGCACGGGCUGGGCGGAGACGUGGGGAUGGUCUCCAGGAAGGAGGCCUACGUCAAGCUGCGGGAACAGGACCCCAAGUACAAGGCCUCCGUCACCAACUUCAACCGCUACCACCACCUGUCCCAGCUCUGCAACCUGCUGGGGUUCAUAUGUAGCACGGUCAAUAUGGUCUACGCUGGGCUCCACCUGCAAACCAUUUAAAAAGGGAAGAACAAAGCAUGGUUGUGUCCGAUAUGGCUCACUAUUCACUAAAUGGUAAACUAGAUUGGCCAUCAGCCAUCUUGUUCUAGUGUCCGAAUUCACUGUUUAAUUAGUAAACUAUAUUGUGCUCUAGAUGGGGAUUAGUAAUUAGUGAAUAGUGAGUCAUUUCGGACACAGCCGUUGUCUUUCUCUUUCCUUGUUCCUUGCACUAGAAAUUAAAUGCUUUUUGUUUUGGCUUAUCGUUUAAAGCUUGCACGCUACACUAGGUCUGUAGCUUCAAGAUUUAUUCACCAUUUACUUUAUGGGUGAACACCAGUAAGUGUUUGACAUUGAACCCCAGGGAAAGUUGUUUGGCCAUGUCCAAAAGGGAAAGCUCCAAAUAUAUAAAUGCCUGGCAUGUCUAAACAGAAUUCCCAAGUGAUUCUUUCUUUAAUUAUCUAAGCACUUAAUGUUUAGCGAUUUAAUGAAUGUCUUUUUUUCCACUAUUGCGGGAUGAAGCUUAGCUCCUUUUAUAGAUAUUAAUAUUCAUCACCAUUGGAUAGGCCUUGGAUGAUGAUAAUUGACAACAAUAAGAAUGUUCAUCUUAUUAAUGACAACUAUUUCAAAAAUACCUGAAUCUUACAUUCCCUUUACCGCACAGUUAUUAUAAUUCUAUAUUUUUGUACAAUAAAUGAAGUGUUUUUCCUUUGUUGAA